CACUGAUGACAAAAUUGUGCGUCAACUUCGAUACCGCGCCUCUGGCUAUCGGAGAGACUAUUCUUAAUGGUAUAUCUCCAAAUGGUCAGAUAGCCGUCGCGCAUCGUCGGCGGAUAGACAUUCUUACUGCGAAUACCGGUGUGUAUCUCAAUCAAGAUCAGGCAAAGGCGUUAUGGAAGCCUCGUUCGCGUAGUAUCGUUGAGGACGCAGCUAGGAAUACAUCCCCAGGAGGGUACAACCUCUUCGACACUCAGGUUGCCUUAUCUGAUUUUCCGAGCCCAUAUAUCUAUACAGCACAUUAUCCGCAUCCCAGCAUUGUUGAGCCUACGACAGACACCUACCUCUGGAAUGGUUGGAAGAGUACUACUUGGUCGCCAGCGGGGUUGACAAGCUAUGGUGGAUGUCUCCUCGCCGUAUUGACCACAAAUUGCGAUUUCUUCAUAGUAGCGCCAAAAGUUAACUUCUUCAUCGGGAAGUGGUUGCCGACUUUCGACGCGUCUGCGCGUUUGAGAGAAGAAAAUGCAGCUUUGCUCGAGAGUUCAGACCCUAAUGAGCAGCUCAAAGGGGCACUACGCUCGCAGGUACUUUCUAUAGCCUGGUCCACGAACCCAAGUACGCACCAAGACGUGGUCGCACCUAGUGAUAUAUCAAUUUUGGUAACGGGAACGAAAUCGGGAGAGUUACUAAUAUGGAAGCAUCUCCAGCAUGGUCAGAUGGAUCUCGUUAUGUGUAUCGAUGGUCACUCAAAGUCUUGGAUUUCGCUCAUUGCCUUGUCUGACUGGCGAAAGCAGGAUAAUGGAUAUGUGCUCGAUAUAUACUACACGAGUACAGAUUAUGAUAUCUACAAAACAACAAUCACGCACACCAACGGCUUACACGUAAUUUCAGAGCAGCCACAUAUGAUUAACAACUCAAAUGGCCAAACAGUUACAUCUUUCAAGUACAUUGAUGAUAUCCUCAUCUGGACUACCCCCGGCUCCCUCUUCUUCCUCCCUCCAGAUGGUACCGUCAAGGAAGUAGACAUUAAGAACCUUACGAUGGUGGUUGGGCUUGACAGAGUGUCUCCCUCACUACUUGUCUUAUGGUUCACGGACGGCGGCAUCAAGUUUGUCGACCUCGACAACUCAUCAGUCGUAGAAGAUCUCUCUGUCCAGGCGACGAGAAGGCAACGCGAUGUGUUUGUUGAAACCGCAAAAAACGUAUUCAAAAAGGGCUUAGGCAAGAUGCACGCCCCAUUUGUUUAUUCUGCUCGCAAAAUCCCUAAUACAAACACCUACAUCUGGCUCUUCCAUGUGUAUUCUCCGGAAGACAUAGAGUAUAUCGAAGAAUCGCAGCAACAGUCAGUACUUUCCAUAGUUGAUACACUAUUACCGCAGGAGAAGGAAGAAACUGAAGUAGCAUCACUAAUUGCAGAAAUUAAUAAUAAUAUACUAAACCCAACUGAUAUCUGGACAUCAUCGAUAUCGAGUACGCAACAUGUAAUGGAGCGUACGCGGAGUAUACUCCAAUCAGACAGUAAAGACACGCUUGUGCAACACCUCGAAGCAUAUUUCAGCUCAUUUGCGGACACAUAUCGUAACCUGAUACUUGGUAACUACAAUCCAAGUGCAUAUAAACAAGCGGACACUAGUGGGAAUCUCGUCGACAAGGUGACUGACAUGUUCAGCUGUGAUCUCUGGACGAUGCCUUCAUUCGACGUGAUCCGACGGGCAUGUCUUAUAUCUACUUAUCUUAAUAACGUUCUCGACACUGAGCAUGAUUUCAAAAGGCGUGAAUUGGAGAGCAUAAUUGUAGUUGCGCAGCUCUACGUAAUUUGUCAGCGUCUUCUCGACUUGGCCAAAAUGCAGAUCCUUUUGGAUGAUUCCCAGCCCGUCAUCGCACGUCUAGUACACGCUGGAUUAUAUCUGCGUAGCUCUCCACCAGAGUUACAAAGGCUUGCUGGUGAAGUCGCGCAAUGUUUCGCUGGGAUGGGCAGUGAUGCAAUAGGAUGUGACGGUGAUCCGAAUGAUCCUCUUUCACUGACGCAUGCUAUUGACUUAGGUGAGAAGUGUCCAGCGAGCGGGACAAACAUUCAUUUCGACCACCUCCAGAAAGCAAAGUCUGAUCUAGGAAUCGAAUGGCCACGUUGCGCUAUCACAAUUAGCAUACUUUCAGACGUGCACGUUAAGAGAAGUACGAGUGCGAGAGCUAUAUACAAAGAUUUAACAUUCUCAAAUGAGCACGUCGAUCUUGUUUCCAUGGCACUUUCUCUUUCAGCCCGUAAAUGCAUAUUCACGAAUGCACCAUUCGUGCGCAUCAAUGAUGUCAAUUAGGAUAAAGUUGUUUUAAAUUCUAAUGAUAUAUUAAUAUUUAUUCCGAGUAUACAAAAUACAUAAAAUACC